AUGCAGGUCAGCGGUGAGAUGACCGAAUGCCUAGAGGUUGAAGUUGUCUGGAACCAUUACCAACAUGCCUGCAUUCACACCGACUUAGGCAAUUUCAUGGAGUCCCUGACUUACUUCCAAAAAGCGCUCGAGUUAUAUAAAGCUGCCACCAACAACCACCGUCGUGGCUUGCCCAGACUUUACGUGAUCUACGGCGGACUGGGAAACUCGUACAGCGGGCUACGUCGACAGGUCGAUGCCGAAGAGUACUACACAAAGUGCUUGGAGCUAAAACCAAACAGUACCAAGUUUUCUAAUUAUGAGCUAAAUAUCUGUAGAGCUCUAUAUGACCAAGGUCCGGCUAGAUAUGCUGAGGCAAGUGAGAGAGUAGAGGAGUUUAUCAGGAGGCGAGAACAAGAAUAUGGAAAGGAAGACACCAGGGACUACCUGGCUGGUCAGGCAUUCUACAUACUCGGCAAUGUCCGGAUCUGCCAAGCAGAAGACCCAAGCCCGCUUAUAACAGAAGAGCAACGAAAACUGUGGCUUAAUGAUGCUUACAAUGCACAUUACAAAUCGCUGAAGUGCCUCAGGGCAACACUUGGAGAAGAACACCACAAGACGGCUGAUGCGUGGAUGAGAUACGCAUGGCAUUUAGAGCAGAGAGGGCUUGAUGAUCUUGCCAUUAAUUCACUAGACGAAGCUCUCAAAAUUUUUCAAAAUGCUUCGAAUCGUGAGUAUCGGCAUGCUGAGAUAGCCAGAGCGCAUUAUAAGUUGAGUCUGCUGUUUCAAAAGAAGGGAAAGAACGAACAGGCUGAAAUUGCUCUGUCAAGGGCUGAGAAGAUCAGGAAAACCAUUCUUGGGGAUAAGUUUCAUUCAGCUACCGGAUUAGAGUCCUACGACGACCUUGUAAGCCAUUGGCAACUAUAG